GGUGGGGCUAGGGCUCCUAGACUCUGGCUCAGUCUGAGUGCGGAUGGAGGCGUGGCCGGGGCGGGUCUGGGGCUGUGGCCCGCGCUGGGCGCUUGGGAGGAGGCAAAGACCAGCAAAAGCAGACAAGUGGCAUCGUGCACCCCUGCCCUGCAGGUCCCAGGCUGCAGAGCAGAGCUGCAAUGGAGUCCCAGUGGGACGCGCUGAGCGCGCUGGGGGCCAUCACGGCCGCCUGGCUGCUGCUGCGGGGGACCUGGGGAGUGGCCCGCGCUGUGUACGUGUACCUGCUGCCUCAGGUCCGGAGGGGCAACGCUUGGCUCCGGGCACAGGGAGCCUGGGCAGACAGAGGCCAAGGGACUCAAAGAAGCAAGAGAGCAAAAGGCUGAUGCUAGCAGGGCAAGGAAGGCACAAAGUCUCCAACGCGGUACAGUUGAGAAGAGCUGGUGGCAGAGAGGAGCGGGGUGAUGGACAGGACAUGGGAGGACGCCUCUGCUCACCCGUGUGCAGCACAGCUUUCAUGUGCAGAGCCCGGAAUCCAGGCCUGGGGCACAGCCUGGGGCACCCUCCAAGCCCUGGGAUGCUGAUGGUUACAGGAGCUACCAGCGGCAUUGGCAAGGCCUACGCACACGAGCUGGCCAGGAGGGGGCUGGACAUCGUCCUCAUCAGUAGAAGCCUCAACAAGUUGGAGCAGGAGGCCAGAGAGAUCGAGCGGCUGCACGGCAGGUCCACGCGCAUCAUCCAGGCCGACUUCACCGGGGGCUUGGAGAUCUACAGUGCCAUUGAGGCAGGCCUGCGAGGCCUGGAGAUCGGAGUCCUGGUGAACAAUGUGGGCAUGGUGUACGGAGGCGGCAGAGGAGCCUUUAGGAAGCUGCUGGACCUUGAGGACGUGGGCCAGGCAUAUUCCCAGAAGAACUGAAAGCAUCAUACCACAGUGAUAUAUGUGCACCUAUGUUUAUAGCAGCACAAUUUGUAAUCGCCAGAUCUUGGAAACAACCCAAGUGUCCAUCAACUGAGGAAUGGAUAAAAACGUUGUGAUAUUUCUAUACAAUGGAGUAUUAUUCAGCUAUAAAGAAGGAUCACAUUGAGAUAUUUAUCAAUAAAUGGGCGCAGCUUGAGACCAUACUCAUAAGUGAAAUAAAUCAAUCUCGCAUGUAUGAAUACCAAAUAGUUUCCCUAAUGUAAGUAAUGAUUCAAAUAUAUAAAAAUAUGUGGUAAUCAUGAUUCCCCAUUAUGUGGCCUUGAAGCCUUAUAAAGUUUUUACUUAUUAAUUGGAAAGGCUUUAUUCUGAGCUUCUUGAUAUGGAAAUACUUGAAGCUAUAGUAUAUGAAGUUUUAUUCAAAUAUUUCAAGGAAAAAGACAGACACUAUGGUAACUACUAUUAAGUUGGGUUAUUUGGUGGUGAACAAUGUUGCUGACACAGUCAUGCUUUGACCUGUAUUGUUAUAUUGUUAUGUCCUGUUUUAUCUCAAUCUCUGCCUUAUUCAUUAAGAAGUUAUGUAGUUAUUUUUUUAUGUUUUUUUUAAUUAAGGGGAUAAAUUAAAAAAAUUAGCAGGGUAUAUAAUAGUAACUUUUUUGAUUUCCUAUUAACUUGUUUUGAAGUCCUGUAAUAUUCCCACUAUCUUUUUUGACUGAUUAGACUCUGUUCCAUUCUGUAUGAUAGUAUCAAGUUUGUGGGUUUAGGCAACUACUUUGAAGGCAAUAAGAUUCACUAAGAUGCCCAUUCUGGUUUGACUAUUGUCUCCUUUGGAAGUCCUGUAAUGUUUACAAUGCCUAAGUUUUAUUGGUCUUGUUCUCUACUGUUUUGUUCAACUUUAUAAUAUCUAAUGAGAUAGACAAUUCUUUUCAAGGAAACAAGAGACAUUGUUGAUAACCAUUGUUGAUAACCUUGUACUCUGUUUUUACACCAUGUGCUAUGUCUAUCCUUGGUUUGACUGACAGCUUUGUUUUGCCAUAUUUGACUUUAUUCUCUCCCCCCAAAAAAGUAAUAAGAACUAAGGAGUAAUAAAACCCAAAAUGUGUAAAUUUUGUUGUAAAAAAAAGAGGGAAAAAAAAGAGUUCUAAAUGAUAUAACAGCGAGAGUGUUUAGGGGUGUUAAAUAGCUGACCAUAUUAAUGUUUUUGGUUGGAUCAUUGAACACAACUGUUUGCAGUCUCACUGUUUGAAUGUCCACUUUGUAUGCUUUGAUACUGUGAUUUGAGCAACUAUCUCUAAGAUGAUAAUAUGUAAUCUAUUAACCGGUGAUUUCUUACUUUUUUUUUUUUUGUAGUUCUAUAUUACUUGUACCCUUACACUGCUUUGUUUUGUUUUGUUUUUUCUCUUUUUUCUUUUAAGUAAAAUUUAAAAAAAAGAAUACACAGGCUACAAAAUAAAACAGCCAAACUCUGUCCUUGAAUGCUCAA